AUGGAUGAGCAGCAGAAGAAAGUUAUUCAGCGGCACGAGGGAAGGCCCCGCAAAGUGAGGUUCAAAAUCUCAUCAUCUUACAGUGGCCGAGUGCUGAAGCAGGUCUAUGAGGACGGGCAGGAGCUCGAGCCCCCAGCCAAGGAGCACUCGCGGCGUUUCCUCCGCCACAGCUUCGAGCCAGGGGACCACUUCUGUGGGGCUGGGGAAAGGUCCGAGAACAGGUUCUACCCACCAGCCAAGCUGACUGCCCAGAGGAUCAGCAUCUUGAAAGAGGACAAGAAGUACAGCCUGACCAGUAGCUCACCCCUGCUCGGUGACUGCCAGCCUGGUGACAGCCACUGCCGGGCUUCUCCAAUUCUAGAUUUUGGCAAGAUAAUAAUCUACACUAAUAACCUGAAAAUCAUCCGUGCACCAAUGGACCAGAAAGAGCUCAUGAGAAGAGUCAUCCAGACUGAGGGGAUAAGUGACUGGGCCUUCGUAUAUCGGGAAAAGAAAGAAAGACUUGGUGGUGGACACAAAAAAGAUGUGGAAAAGAAGAUUGUCUGUAACCCCUAUGUGCAGGGGGGAGAUGCUGGCCACGGUUGUUCCCAGUGCAAAGGGUCAGGCUCUGCUCCUUGCUCCCUGUGCCACGGAAGCAAGUUUUCAAUGCUGGCAAACAGGUUCAGAGAGUCCUACAGGGCGCUCCGAUGCCCGGCUUGCAACGAAAGUGGCCUGCAGCCCUGCCAGAUCUGUGCUCCCUGA